UCCUACACCCAAACGCUGCUCGUGAUUCUACAAAUACAGCAACGAGCCAUCAUCAGAAUACUUUUCAGAACAUUCCAUUCUGUGUGACGUUGAACGCUCUAAUGAACCGGUAAACCCGGUUUUAACAGUCCUACUUCUAUGAAACUAUGCAAAAAAAGAAAGAAGCAUAAUAUUCCAGGAAGUAUUGAGUACAGUAGUGGGAGGGCUUUGGCUUUUGGCAUACCGUAGACAACUACCUUCUUUACCUUCAGCAGUAAUCAAAACAUGCUCACUCAAGUCGUUUGGAUUGAAAUGAUCACGAGAGAGGACUAAUUUUGAAAGAGGACAUCAGAAAAAAAAGGCACAAUGCGGGACAUGCUGGAGAGGCUGCGAAAUGUGAGUGAGGAGCAGGAGGAUAUCCAGGACUUUGAAUAUGACGACAAUAAGCUAAAACAUGAUCAAGAGGCAAUAGUUUUUGAGAACUCCUCAGAAAUCGAGAGCAUCCUGAAGGAAGCCCAAUCCAUACGCAAGGACAUCUCCAUGCUCCUCUUGGAGGUGGAGCGUCUGAAUAAAAACAAUGAACGCUUUCGCACCACAGUCCGCCAAUUCACUGCACUCAAAAAGGACGCGGACGCCAUUGCCAAGGGGAUACAAAAGCACGGGCAGGACUUGCACUCUCGCCUGCUGGCACUGAGUGAGAAGAGCAAGAAGCUGGAGACCAAAGAGGGGCCAAACUCAGCAGCUGGCCGCAUCGCCUGCAUGCAGUACGACUCGCUCAUCUGCGCCUUCCAAGCUGCCAUGGGAAGCUACAACCAGGCGGAGGAAAUGCAGAGGACCAUUUGUAGGGACCGAAUCAAGCGACAGGCCUCCAUAUUAGGGACUAAAAUCUCUGACAAGCAGCUGGACGACAUUGUGGACAAAGGAUGUGAAGGCUGGAGCGAGUUGUCCCAGAGCCUGCAGACACAAGAGAGUCACUCAUCCCGCUGGGCACUGUGCGAAAUCAAAGACCGACACAAGGAGCUAGUGGCGCUGGAGGGCAGGCUCAAGGAAGUCCAUGAACUGUUCCUAGAAAUGGCUCUGCAAACGGAAGAGCAGUGUAGCAUGCUCAACAACAUUGAGGCCAACGUAUGUAAAUCUCAGGAGUAUACCCAGAAAGUCAACACCAAUCUCAAGAAGGCCAUACAGUACAAGAAAAAAAACCCUUUUCAGACGUUUUGUCCAUGUUUUACGUGUUGGAGAAAAUAAAGUCUCUUUUGGAAGAUUCAAAGAAUGUAGUAUUUCCACAGCCAUUGUUGAUACACACCUCUCAAUCAAUAUACAGAAAACAGAAAACUACUGUAAUAACCGGAUGCAAUAAUAAGGAGUGCAAUAUUGGGAUAAUGCAAUACGGGAGGUGUGCAAUACAGGGGAAGUGUAAUAUGUGAUCUCAUAACUAACUGAUAUACCUGCGCACUGUUCACUGUCGUCACUGUAUUGUCGGAUGUACUGUAUGUAUGUAUGUAUGUAAAAUGCUGUGUCUUGAUGUCCAAGACAAAUUUGUCCUCUGAGACAAUAAAACCAAUUAUUAUUAUUAUUAUUAUAAUUAUUACUUGUCAGGAGUUGGCCGGUUUUUCAACGCCAUUGUUCUGGAGAUCCCAUUUUCAGGAAGCUAAGGAUCUUUGACUUUAACUGUAUAACCAAAAGGCUCAUAUUCAGUCAAAAAUAAAGUCAGUCAUGAUUAAAAACAGAAGCACUUGGUUAAUAUUAGUCAAAGAUCCUCUAUAUGACUUUGAAUCUGUGCUGCCGUUAAGGACUUAUUGCAAAAACACUAGUCAAGGAUCUUUUACGGUAAAUGACAGGAGCUGCUCUUUUUUUAGGAAUAUUUUGCAAAAACACCAGUCAGAGAUCUUCUAUGUAACAGGACUGCUCUGCUGACCAAAUAUCCUUUAUGAAAGGAGUGUUAAACUCUUUUUAAGUACCCAAUGCAAAGAGGGUCGUUAUAGAUCCCUUAUGUAAUGGGAGUGCUCUUCUUUUAGAGAAGUCUACAGCAAAAACGUUAGUCAAAGAAAACCAAUUUGACAGGAUCAUGCUGCUGUUUUACCUGUUGCAA